AUGAGUUUUUAUACUGAUAAAGUCUUGGAAAUCUUAUUACUGCUGCAGAUUUUACUAUUUACCGUUAAAUCUCAUGUUAAAAUAGAUACAAAAGAAUAUAUAAAAGGUCCUCUACAAGAAGAAAAUUUCAACUGUAAAUCUUUACAGUCAAAUGAGUAUAAAUUAGCUUUGAUUUUGAGGACUAUUUGUAACGAGGUAUUAGGAGAGCUUACUGUAAAAGAAAAAAUUGAAUAUACUAGGGAAAUCACUAUUGAAGACAUUUGCUUUAUCAUUAAUGUACUAUUAAGGGAUUUUGAUAUGUGUGAGAAUGAAUUAAUUACAAUAAACCCUUUUAUGAAGGUAUCUUAUUGUAAUAUAGAGAUGCGAUGCACCCCCCAUAGUAUAGCAUAUGAGAUAUGUAUUAGGUUAAAGAGUGAAGCAUCGAAAAUUCCAGAUUUUAGUGAAUUACUGUCGAAAUCAACAAAAUACUUUGUUAAGAGUCACUUUACUAAAAAUGCAAUAGCUACAAUAAAUGAAGUUAUGGAUAUAUCAUUAAAUGAAUUUCAGAAAGUAGAUGGAUCAGUAUCCUCUUUAACUUUAUACCCUCAAAGGGAUUUAAAUCACUUAUCUGAUGGACAAUCUGCAGCUUCCAGUAAAUCAGAUGUGGAAUUUAGCUUUAAUGUGAAUGUGGCUCCAUUCAUGCAAUGUACAAAUCGUCAACUAAUUUUUACUUACUACCACCCUACAGAUAAUGCUAAGUGUUUAGGUCUAAAUUUGGAUCAGUUAGAGCUUGUUAAUCAAAUGCAAUCACUAUCCGUUACUACAGAUAAUAUGAAAAGGAUUCCAAGAGAUUUAGCAUGUACUAUUAUUUGGAUGAUAUCUCAAAGGUGGAAUAAUUGUAGCUAUGUCUUAAGUGAAAUGAUUGAUAUUAAGACAAAACUAGCUAUUAGCUUUUGCAACAAGUUAGCUGAGAUAUCUCCAGCUAAUUGUAAGUAUUUGGUUCAAAAUAAAAAUAUAUCUACAUCAUUCUUAACAUUUAAAGCUGUUAAAUUACUUAGACUUAUUGAGACAACACUUAGACUUAAUUCUGAAUAUUUCCCAGAGUUUGAGAUAUCUGCAGAAGAUGUAGCAAAUGUUAUCUUUAUAGGAAAUGGUAGGGAGAUGAUAGAAGAGAAUGAAGAAUACAUUUUAAAGGCUCUUAGAGAUGUAAGAGUAUCACAAGGAAGGCAGAAAUCUUCAGUAUAUGGUCGUAAUCAUGUAUAUAACCCAAUUAGAACAAGAUAUAAGCAAAUACCUCCUUAUAUGGAACAUGAAAGCAUUCUAGAUCGUAUUACUUAUGGGAACCCCGAUCUUGCUCAAUGCGAUGAAAAAUUCAUCAAUUUUGACCCUUUAGCCAUGAGACAAUCAGAGCAUUGGAUAGAUGAAAAGAAUAUGGGAAGCCAUGAAAGAGAGUAUAUUGGAACUAGAGUACGCUUAUUGAGCUAUUAUAUACCCCCACCUUCUACAUUUCAGCCCAGUGAUCCAUAUAAUUGGAUAUUAGGACCUUGUUCUUGGCUAGAAGAUAAGCACAAAAAAUUACCAAAUCUUAUAGCGGCAAUAGCAACUGAUAGAGGCUACAGACUUCAUAUAUUAAAUGCCUGCGAGUCAAUAUAUGCUUUGGUUCAUGGCUCAGGUGAAUCAUGCAGCAAGGUUGUUACUGCAGCUCUAUUUCUUACCACUAAUAAAGAAAAUAUUGCAGAAGCUACUGAUAUUUGCUCAGAAACUAGUAUGAGAGCUGAUAUUCCCUUUUUUCGCAAGGAAUCUGUUAGAGAAUAUAAUACAGGAGUUAAUAACCAUGAGUUAUAUUUAGUUUAUCAAGGGAUAGUUCUAGCUUUGUGUAUAGAGCUAGGAAUAUCGCUAGAUAUAGAUGAUAUUAAUCAUAUAAUUUUUCAAGACUACCCAGUUAAUGCUCAUUUAGUCCCGAGAGUAUUACUUAACUCUUUAUUAUAUAGAGCUUUACAGCUCCCAUCAGAAUUUAGAACACGCUCAGGAUUUUGGAAUUGGCCCACACAGAUGCACUCAACCUUAAGCAAUGCCCAAGCAAGAGAAAUUUUGGGGUACAGGGAAGUCCAGUUACUUUUUGAACAAGCUCAAGUACAGAGUGAAAUAAUGACUAUACGUCAAGAAUUACUUCCAUAUAUCUUUAAAGAAACAAAUUUAAAGAGUAAUACCAAUCCAAUAAAGAAAAAAAUGCAAAAAUCUGAGAUUGGGGAAGACCACACUCCAUAUAAUUUAACAAAAUCAAGGGAGUACUGGGAUAAAUACUAUGAAUAUGAGUUUUUAAAUGUAAGUGAUAAAGAUAUAAAUCCACUUAGGGCACAUCUUGUAAGGUUAGAAAGACUCCAUUUAGACUUGAGUAUGGAAAGGCAGGCUAUACAACGUCUGAAUAAAGUUCUCCUAGCUUAUAUUGGUCAUAAAAUACAUGACAUACCAAAGUCAUCAAUUAACAGAAAUUUCCAUCCGAUAUACUCUCCUACAGUUUUUAGAUCAAAUAUAGCAGGUAAUAAACGAAUUGUAGCAGGGAUAGCCACAAUAACUGCAAUGAGAAAUGUUCAAAACAUUUUUUCAUCCAAAUCCCUCUCUAAUAAUUCAGAUGGGGAUACUAGCUUAUCAUAUAAUGUGAAAUCAAAACCUUUUUAUACAGAAAUAAUUGAGUGCUCAUCAUUAACUAACAAGGGCUUAGAUUUCGCUUAUUUUGUACAAAAUAUUGCAAAUCUUCACUUUGAACUAAACAUUUCCUUGGGAAUUGCUUGUACUAUUAUAUCUCAUAUGAAUAAUAAUUUACCUAUUGAUGAGUCUUUCCAACUAGCUGCAUUUGCAAUACUCAGUAACCACCUUCAAGCUCUAGAUAGGAAUCAAAUUUAUUCUCUUUGGACUUUCAUAAAACCAGGUAUCUUGUCAUAUGGAGAUCAAACACUAGUGACUCAUGAUUACAAGAUACAUACUUCUACUGAAUCAGAGUUAGAUACUUCUAUAAUAGAUUUAAAUGAUGGUCAGAAUUAUCUAAAUAUGCAAAAUUCUUCAAUGUCUUCUAAAAAUAAUUUUGAAAUAUCUACACCUAUAACUCCAGAAGUAAAGCGUCCCAGAGAUCAACUGGUAAUGAAUGAUGCACUAACUAUUGAAAAUGUCAAUGAAAAAAGCAUAAAGACUAUUUUAAGAGACAAGGAAAAUAAGGAAGAGGAUACAUCAUUUAGAGAAAAUAAACGAAUUUUUAGAGAACUUAAAGAAACAGUAUUACAACUAGAUGGUCGAAUCACAAGUUUGAAAAAUAAACUAGAGCUAAGUGAAACUGGGAAUCAAUCAAAAUAUUUACAGAAAACCAUUAGGACCUUAAUAAAUAAAAAAAAUAUUUCUAUAAAACGACUUAUUCACUUAGCAGGUGUAAUCUCUGAAAAGGAGGUAAAAAAAGCCGAUAAGUAUAAUAUAAAUAUUCCUAAUGGAAUUAGAAGAAUUGCUAAAUUGCAUCAAAUGCGAAGUAUUAUUGAAGCUGAUAUAUUAAAACUAUCUGAUGAAACUAUUUACCCUGAAAAGAAUAAAAGAAUUCAAGAACUAAAGGCAAAAUUAGAAAAUAUUGUGGGUGAAAUACAACACCUCAUUCAACUUGGAGGAUAUAUUGAAUCUGACUUAAGAUGGUAUAGUGAUACUGAAAGAUGUCUCAAUAAUUAUAUUCCAAGGCACAAUCAAGUUUUAUCAAUAGAGCCCACAACUGGAUUUGGUACUUUGUAUUGGUAUAAAGGUCAAAGUAGUAAAAAAGAAAUAAGGACAGAAUGCACGAAAUCUCAAAGAAAGCGUUUCAAAAUCAUUUCAAAGGAUAUAUAUAGACUCUUAUCAAUUUCACUCAAAUUUUAUCCCAUACCGAUGAGCGAAUUUGAACAAAAUAACUUCAUUAAUGAUAGUUAUAUUGACCCAAGACAAAUUAUAUACUGGCAAAAUCUUCUGUUUCUAUUAAAUAUACAGGAUAUUUCACAAGGAUGCAAUUACUCAAAAACUUUGUUAAAAAAGCUUUUAUUCUCUGUUUCAUCAAAUAAUUUUGACUAUAUGGAUACUCCUUUAUUUAUAUUAUGGUGUGCUGAUCAUAUACGUAGUCGUCUUGGUAAUGAAGACACUUGGAGAAAUAUCGUGGGACUACUUUGGCUUAUAUUCUUUGACCAACCUAUUAAACCACGGGAAUUAGUAGAAAAAAACUGGGGUCAAAGUAUAAGAUUUUAUUAG